UUUUUUUUUUCUCUGAAGAACAACUUUUCACGGAGACAAACAACCCAAAAACAAAAACUUUCGUUAAAUACCUGCAUUUAUUGGAGCUCGUUAUUUGAAAAAAAAAACAUAAAGAUGAAUCGCUCAUUAGAUGAAUUAACAGCCAGUGAAUUGAAUGCCGCCAUUGACGAUACCAACUUCCCAAAAGCUCGGAGUACACAAUGCCUAUCGCAAACGCAAAGCAAUGGUGAUGAAACAAAUGCCCAUCAAAAUGGGAAGACUAACCACGCAACAGGCUCUUCACUUAACGGAAAUGAUGAUAACGACAAUGAAAAUAACCAUGCAAGCGAUGGUCAACAACAAUCAACUGAAGCACUUCCAACACAAAAUGGCAUUAAGGGAUUUAUUAAGCGUGCUCAUCCAGCGCCAUUAAAAAUGGUCGCAUUCAAAGGCGACUCAAUCGAUCAUCCAGGCACACCACGAACACCAAGAACAUCCACCACACCAGGACAUGAAAACUGUACGUUUCAUCAUGACUUGGAAUUGGAUCACAAGCCACCGACACGCGAAGCUCUAUUGCCCGAUAUGGCACAGUCAUAUCGCAUGCUGUUGAGUAGCUUAGGUGAAGAUCCAACGCGUCAGGGGCUGUUAAAAACACCGGAACGAGCUGCCAAGGCAAUGCUUUUCUUCACCAAGGGAUACGACCAAAGUAUUGAAGAAGCAUUGAAUGGAGCCGUUUUUGACGAGGAUCAUGAUGAAAUGGUCGUUGUGAAAGACAUUGAAAUGUUUUCAAUGUGCGAACAUCAUUUGGUACCGUUUUAUGGAAAAGUGUCGAUCGGCUACUUACCGAGUAAAAAAAUUCUCGGCCUCAGCAAAUUGGCAAG